GUAUAUCACAACAAUGGCGUCACCGGUGCUGUGGCUGCUAUGUUCUUGUGUUCUCUUGCUUCUGAUUGCUCAAGGUUUAGCAGGGAGGGACUUUUACAGUAUUUUGGGUGUGCCACGUAGCGCUAAUUUAAACCAGAUUAAAAAAGCCUACAGAAAGCUUGCCAAAGAGUUGCACCCUGACAAGAACAAGGAAGAUCCCCAUGCACAAGAGAAGUUCCAAGACCUAGGAGCAGCGUACGAAGUUCUCUCAGACGAAGAAAAGCGGAAAACGUACGACCGGCAUGGCGAAGAAGGAUUGAAGCACGAUGCAUUUGGUGGAAGUGACCCAUUUGCAAGUUUCUUUGGAGAUUUUGGCUUCUUUGGUGAUGGACAUAGGAAUGAGCAGCGCGAGAUCCCACGUGGUGCUGAUGUGGUCAUGGACCUUUGGGUCACUUUGGAAGAGCUGUAUCAGGGCAACUUUGUGGAAGUUGUUCGCAACAAGCCAGUAGCGAAACCAGCCAAAGGCACCCGUCGUUGCAACUGUCGCCAGGAGAUGGUUACCCGACAGCUGGGCCCCGGGCGCUUCCAAAUGAUGCAACAGACGGUCUGCGAUGAGUGCCCCAAUGUCAAGUUGGUGAAUGAAGAGAAACUUUUGGAGGUGGAAAUUGAGGCUGGCAUGAAGGAUGGCCAAGAACAAGUCUUUGUGGCAGAAGGUGAACCUCAUAUAGAUGGCGAGCCUGGGGACCUUAAGUUGAAGAUUCGAACUAUGCCGCACCAUGUUUUUGAGAGGAGAGGUGAUGACCUGUACACAAACAUAACUAUUUCACUGACAGAUGCUCUUGUGGGAUUUGAAACUGAAAUAACCCACCUGGAUGGUCACAAGGUACCCAUUACACGUGAGAAAAUUACUUGGCCUGGUGCAAGGCUACGCAAGAAAAAUGAAGGCAUGCCGAAUUAUGAAAACAACAACCAGAAAGGAACAUUGUAUGUGACUUUUGAUGUGGAUUUCCCUAAGGGUGAUCUUAGCACGGAAGACAAGGAAGCCAUCAGGAAAAUACUUAAAGAGGAAAGCAAGACAAAAAUUUAUAAUGGACUGCGGGGAUACUAGUGUGUGCCAGCAGACUGCUAUAGUUGUACAGACUUUUUUUUUUUUCACACCCAUUUUUAUCCCUUCUGUGGAGGGAACUAAGUGGUGGCAAGCCAAGCAUGGUUUUAACAUGCAGUGUGCAAGUGUAUAGACUGUUUGAAACUUUGGCCACAUUAUUUGUAUGUGAGCAUUUUUCUUUUUUAUGGUUUGAGUGUUUGCAUCUAGAGGGGAGAGUUAAAAUAAAUAAAAGCAAACCUUUGACCUGCCAGUUAAAAUUCCUGCCAAGUCAGUGCUGUUCUCUUUUGCAUACUCAAGCUGAUGUAAGUUUCUAACCCUGAACAUUACAAAAAAAAAAAUACACGGGUGAACAGUACUUUUGGCAUUCUGAUACGAGGUAGUGUCAUUAGAAUUGUGUAAGCUGAGUCAGUCAUUUUAAGUUAUUUGCUUGGAUUUUCCUUUGUCAGGCCCAUGCAUGAUUUAAUCUCUCAGUGUCAACUGGUUGUAUUUAUACGAGAGAUAUGUUGAAUAGGAAGAUUUAUUGCCCCUCUUCCAUAUUUUUUACUUUUUUUCUGGCAAAGUUUUAUGCAAUUUAGGGUAUUUAUCGCGUCAUUCAUGGCAUGUUUUUGUGCCAUUUGCAACAGAAAUACAGCAGCUGGAACUCCUUGUGAUGCCAGGUGAAGAGUUCCUGUGACAGCUCUGUGCAGAAAGGGCGUUGUGCUCUUGUUGUACAAUGAAUUUUCGCUAAGUCGCACAACUCGUGUUCAUCACAUUUUUGAGACCAUUGUUUUGUAUUGUUUCACAUGAGUGUUUCAUCACAACUGCAGUGUGUGUUGGAAAAGAGUGAAGAGUAUGUAGUGUGCCUAGGAUUUCCAAGUCAUGUGAAAUAAAUUAUGCUUGUUAUACAGAGGA